AUGAACAAGUUUGCGACGCCAUGGGUGAUGGAUGAGAUGGAUGUGGUCAGGUCGUUACCGAACGACGAAUUUAACGUAGACCACAAUGAACAUGAACAGGUCGAGAGCAAGAACAACUUCUUGGAGUUGGCGAGUCAACGGUUCGAUGAUGACGUGUGGGAGGAUUCGCCGUCCGAGGAGGGCGCGGAUAUAGAGAGUGACGUCAUACUGCAGGCCAGAGAAGUCCUCGCGCAACCCUCGCGUGAGUACAUACUUCAUACGUUACCGCAGUACAGAUUUUAAUUUUGUCAAAUUAUAGCAUUAACAAUAAAUGCUACUUUUUUUUGCAGUUUUCCGUGAUUAAGUUGUUAAUAGUUAUGUUGUGAUAGGUUAUUAAAACAAAUUGGCUUUAAUAAUGUUUAUUUUAUUUUCUAUGAAAUUGAAAUGGAAUUAACUUAUUUGUUUGUCUAAUAUAAUGUUGUUAAUCAAUAGUUUUGUCCUGUUAAUUCUGCAUAUUUAUUAAAGUAAUCAUUAUACAAUGUUCUGAAGGAAAUAAUAGUUAAAAUGCCUAAUGCAUUUUCAGCGUGGGAGAGCAGCGGCGGUGCAUUGGAGGGCGAUGGGAGCGGGGCGGGGGGAGUGGGGGGCGCGGGGGCGCGCGAGGGGGAGGCGGGCGGGGGCGGGGGCGGCGCGGGGGGCGAGGGGUGGGCACAGUUUGACGCGCCCGCACACGACGAUCAUUUCUGGCCGUACACGCAACAAAACACAUCGCACGAUGAUAUCGAAGAGAAUAUGCGCAAUCUACAACUGGAAAACGAUUUCUCGAGACUGGAGGGGUCCAGCGUGGAGUUGGCCAACAAACUGUUGACCGCCAUGAGCUCCAUGCCCCCGCACCUGCUCGCCUCCCUCGUCUCCCCCGCCUCUCCCGCCCCCGUGACCCCUCCGGUCCCCGAUGAUAAAUUGGACCCCUUCGAAGAUGACUUCGUGGCGAAAGAGACCCCUGCGAUCGUCGAAGAAGCUACGACGGAACAGAAAACUGACCCUCCGUCGAUCGAUGGAAGUAAAUCUGAAGAGAAGAGCCCUGAACCUCGGAAGGAAACGGAACCGAGCGAAGAUCCCGCGCAGCGAGCCGAAGAAACUAUCCCCGAGACUCCCUCCGUCGAUGCGCCGCUCGAAAAUUGUUCCGCGCCCGCGACCGAGUGCUCCGACGACCGGAGAUGAUCGCUCGUGGUCCCCUAGAUCGCCCCCCGCCCCCUCCCCUCCCCCUCGCCGUCCCCUGGUCCUCGAUGCGGCGCCCCUGGCGGCCGUCGACGGCGACAGUGAUCCAGCGAAGAAUACGUAUUCGUGAUUAGGCAAUUCGCAGUUGAUGUCGUUUUAGUUAAUUGUAUAUAUAUAUAUACAUAAAACAAUAUCAAAUAAAAAAAUAUCUGUUUAGAAAAAGACGAAUGAUUACGUUCGAUUCGAUCGUGACGUUUCGUUAGAUUUAUAAAGUCGUCCGUUCAUUAGGAGUUCAAUCUCGCUCCCG